CGGAGUGACUGUCACCAUGGAGACGGACCAAGCAACAUGUAAACUUGGGAAAACUGUCCUCAUGUCUGAUGCGAUUUAUCUUAAGGAGUUACACUCAUUCAGUGGUUCGAUUAUUUGUUAAGAAACAUUGGAAACGUAUUUCUCUUCCUGGAGCCAAAGACAUGUCGCAAAGGAGAUACAACGAGCUGUGGGCAGAUGCUCAGUUAGCGUUGAGCUGCCUGCUAACUGAGGAGCUGCCUGCUGAGCCCCCCCGCCCAGAGAAGGACAGGGUGGUGUUCUUCCAGCGGCUGGCCAUGCUCUAUGUGCGCUACAUCCAAAUCUUCAGACAGCUUGAGGAGAUCUAUGACCAGGUGGUCCACCCUCAGAAGAGACGAGUUAUUCGGGCAAUUCUUGAUGGUGUGAUUGGGAGGGUGUUAGAGCUGAAGAAUGAAAUGGUGGAAAAAGAGUUCUCAGAGUACCACUACAUGGAUGAUAUCCUUCAUGAUUUAAAGCUUACACCUGAAGCCCUGGAGAUCCCCAUCCCUCGCUAUUUCAUCAGUGAACGCGGCAAGGAACUCCAAAAAAGAACGACUAUGCUGACCGAUAUUCUUAAAAUGGUUGAGGUUACUGAAAGCCCAGAACCUCUGAUGGCCAAGGACAUGAGUCAAGAGAAGGCCAUUAAGAUCAUUCAAGUGGCAGAGAGGGCCCGACAAGGACGCCUGAGGGCCAAGUUGAAUGAAGAGAGCAGAAACAUGAACAGGAUGUACCGGACCAAGGACCCUGGAACAGAAGCCAUUGAGUCGGCCACAGUCUGCAUACAGAAGGUGUGGAGGGGCUUCAUGCAGAGGAAGAGGACAAAGAUUGUUAGGGAAGAAGAAAUGAUUUUCCUGGGAAUGGCCAUGGAUCCAAAAUUCCAGGCGCCUAGCCCCGCAGAAGUCGCUGCCCUGUCCAGUGAGGCUUGCACAAAGAUUAAACAGGAGGAGCACUGUGAGGACUACCAGAAGUCUUUAGUGUCUGUCACAAACCAACUACGAGAUGUAGAGGGUGAUGAUAUCAGCAAGACCAUGAAAGAGCAGAUCCGACAGUGGUUCAUUGAAUGCCGUGAUACCACAGGAUCCUUUCCAGACUACCCCGAUGAAGAGGACGGAGGCUCAGCCCUGAUUUUUGCUGAAAAGAACCCUAAGCAGUUAUUGGAAGAAAUUGCUGCAAAGGAAGAGGAGGAUUCCAACAACAAACCAAAAGGGAAGGAGGAGAAGAAGGAAAAGGGGAAAAAGGAAAAGGGAAAGGAUGAUGAGGAAGAAGAGGAGGCAGGGUUGAAGAUGCUGCCUUCAGCUUUUCUGCCAGACUUGGAAAUGGAAAACAAAAUCUUUGAAGAUUUUUGGAAAAACAGAAAUGAGACCAGAAACUUCAGUCAGAGGCAUGAGGUGGAGCUGAUCAAGGAGGAAAGGAGGAAGAUUAUUGAGGCUGAGAUUCGAGUGAAGGUAGACGAGCAGAUGAGACAAGAGCUGGCUGAAUGGAAGCUAGCUGUGGAUAAAGAUAAGGGUGGGAAAACCAAAGCGAAUGCUAAGAAAAAGAAAGGCUCUAAGAGUGGGAAGAAGAAGAAAAAGGAGAAAGAUUUAACAGCUGACAGGACUCUGGAGUCUCUGUGUCAGGAGCUGGUGGAAGAGGGCUUGUUGAAGCAGGCUAAUGACGUUAGGCUGCACGAUUACAUGGGUGACUAUAGCUACCUUGGGACCACACUUAGGCAAAAUGACAUCGAGCCCAUGCCAUCAUUGUCGGAUGUGCGGCAGGUCUUAUCUCUAUAUGCCGUUUUACCUUUAGGCUCUCAGUAUGUACAUGAGAAGGCCCCUCUGAUAAAGGCCAUCCUACUGGCAGGGCCCGAAGGAGUGGGUAAGAAGAUGUUGAUCCAUGCAAUCUGCCAGGAGACCGGAGCCAACCUGUUCGAUCUGUCCCCUCUGAACACGGCAGGAAAAUACCCGGGCAAGAGUGGCCUAGCCAUGAUGCUUCACAUGGUUUUUAAGGUUGCAAGAUUGCUGCAACCUUCAGUAAUAUGGAUCGAAGAUGCAGAAAAAAUGUUCUACAAGAAGGUUCCCAAGGAAGAAAAAGAGUUAGAUCCCAAGCGCUUAAAGAAAGACCUACCGAAGUCUCUGAAGCUGAUCAAAGGGGAGGAUCGUGUUCUGAUAGUGGGAACAACUAAAGACCCUCUGAGUGCCGAUAUCAAAUCACUUUGUAAAAUGUACAGCAAAAUUAUUCUCAUCCCAAGACCGGACUACGGCUCAAGAUACAUCUUGUGGAACCAACUGAUCAGGAAGCGGGGCGGGGAUGUGACCAGGUCGCUGGACCUCGGCUCUCUUGCGAAGAUUUCUGAUGGCUAUACACCAGGUCACAUGGUCCAGGUGAUCCAGAGCAUCAUCACCAAGCGUCGCAUCCUGCAGCAGGCGAACAGACCGCUAACGGCUGCAGAGUUUGUUGCUCCAUUAGCCAAGAUAGACCCUGUGUUCCAGGAGGAAGAAGAGGCCCUCAAAAACUGGUAUGCAAAGACCCCUCUGGGAAAGAAGAGGAUUAAAGCAGCGACAGGAAAGGAAGAAGAGGAGGCACCAGUCAAAGGCAAAGAUGCAAAAAAGAAAGGGAAGAAAUAGUUUAACAUGUUUUUGACACAACUGAAUGUAGUUGGAUAUUUUUGAAGCUUGUAUGUGAUUUGUAUUCUGUUGACUUUCCCAUUUACUUACAAUAAAAUUGAUAGAAAAUGUGAAAAGCAGUCAUUUUGUCUUUCUUCUGUCAACAAUUAGGGCUGACGGUAAAAGUAGGAUUUCCACUAAAAAAUACAAUUUGAGGUAACAAUGUGCAAUAAAAAUCUUACUUCGGUACAUAAGUACUAGCAUCAAAUAUACUUAAAAUACCAAAAGGAAAUUAUACAUUUUGCAGACUAUCAAAUUGCAGGUCAUAUUUAAAAAAGAAAAAAGGCACUAAAAUCCUAAAUGAACAGUUGUGUAAAGUGUAUUAAUACAUUUUGACAUUAAAAUUAAGUCACUGGAUUUAAUUGAUAUCAAAUAAAUGAAUUCAUAAAUACAGUUAAAAAGACAGACAUCUAAAAAGCCUCAGUUAUCAAAUAAGUGCGGUUAAAAAAAAAGAAGAAUAUCUCAGUUUUUGAGACACUUGUUUGUAUUUAUUUAUUUUCAUUUUUCUAAAUUUUGUUUUCGCCGUUUACAUUUGACUUAUUUUUCUAUUAAAUAGGAACACGAUUUAAUCAGACGAACAGAAUCAUUUCAAAGUACCUGCACAUUUACUUGAUGAUCAAUGCUUACAUUUCCAAAUAUCUUUAAAUACAAUCAUAUUUAUUCAUGUAUUAUAGUACAGCAGGGGUGUCCAAACUUUUUUCACCAAGGGCCACAUACAGAAAAAUAUACG